UUCAAAAGCGGAAAGGGUUGCACAGGAAGAGCUUGGGCCGAGCACACGGGAGGGGGAGAUUGAAGGCGGUGUUUAUUUUUCCUAAUUUAUUUAUGUACUCUUCUUCGUAAUAGCUUUUUAGUAUUUUAUGCAUCUUUCUCCUGUCUUUCCUAUGUCGAUGGAGGCAGCUCUGGUUUUGCUUCCUCUACCUCCGCUUGGCUUGCUAGGCGUCAUCAUGCUAGGAAGCUAGCGGUAGCUAACUCCUCACAGAAACUUCCCGUCAUAGGGGCACAAACCGACGGGGAAAGCUAACGACAUAGCAGUCGAUGAUAAAAUCACAUCCUCUCCUCGCGAAGGAUAAAAAGCCUGAUUCAGGACAAAGAAACGCUGCAUCUGUUCAUUUCCGGAGUCCUAGACGGCUGAUCAUUUCAAUUUGAGAUAGCUAGCCUAGCCUGCGAGUCCUUUCUGUUGGCGCUGCAGCUUGUGCAGCGCCGUUAACGGUUCCAAUUAUUGGUAACUACGGGGAUUUAAUGGGUCCUUUACUUCCUUAGUACCACCCCCCGGCGGACCCUCGCUCGAAUAUUCCUCGGGCGCUGUCCAUAUCGGGGGGUGCCCGGUCAAAGAGUCAUUCUGCCCGGGGAAGGAAGGUUGACCCUCUCCAACCCCGGUGGACGCUCCGACCGGCGUUAGCACCGGGGAGCCCUAAUAUGGCAGGAAAUUUAAAGAAAGGAGGGGGGUUGAUCGGGAUGAUGAAAGCUUUUCAGCCGCACCAUCACCACUUGCAUGCACAUCAUCAACCAGGAGCCGUGGAUAAGAAGACAGUGGAAAAAUGCUGGAAACUCAUGGACAAGGUGGUGCGGCUCUGCCAGAACCCUAAGCUGGCACUGAAGAACAGCCCUCCCUACAUCCUGGACCUGCUGCCCGACACCUACCAGCACCUGCGCACCAUCCUGUCCCGCUACGAGGGGAAGAUGGAAGCGCUCGGCGACAAUGAGUACUUCCGCGUCGUCAUGGAGAACCUGACCAAGAAGACCAAGCAGACCAUCAGCCUGUUCAAAGAGGGCAAGGAGCGCAUGUAUGAGGAGAACUCUCAGCCCAGGAGGAACCUGACGAAGCUGUCGUUGAUAUUCAGCCACAUGCUAGCCGAGCUCAAAGCCAUAUUUCCCAACGGCCUGUUCCAAGGAGACAACUUCCGGAUCACCAAAGCGGACGCCGCUGAGUUCUGGAGGAGAUCGUUUGGGGACAAGACCAUUGUUCCGUGGAAAGUGUUCCGUCAGGCGCUGCACGAGUUUCACCCAAUCAGCUCGGGCCUGGAGGCCAUGGCCCUCAAGUCCACCAUCGACCUCACCUGCAACGACCACAUCUCCGUCUUCGAGUUCGACAUCUUCACCAGGCUCUUCCAGCCGUGGUCGUCCCUGCUGCGUAACUGGAACAGCCUGGCGGUCACACACCCAGGGUACAUGGCCUUCCUCACGUAUGACGAGGUCAAAGCGCGCCUGCAGAAGUUCAUCCACAAGCCUGGCAGCUACAUCUUCAGGCUCAGCUGCACGCGGCUGGGCCAGUGGGCCAUCGGCUACGUCACCGCCGACGGGAACAUCCUGCAGACCAUCCCGCACAACAAACCGCUGUUCCAAGCGCUCAUCGACGGAUUUCGGGAAGGAUUCUACCUGUUCCCGGACGGACGGACGCAGAACCCGGACCUCACUGGGCUGUGUGAGCCGUCCCCUCAGGACCAUAUCAAAGUCACGCAGGAGCAAUACGAGCUGUACUGUGAGAUGGGCUCCACCUUCCAGCUGUGCAAGAUCUGUGCGGAGAACGAUAAGGAUGUGAAGAUUGAGCCGUGUGGUCACCUGAUGUGCACCUCCUGCCUCACCGCCUGGCAGGAGUCGGAGGGUCAGGGCUGUCCGUUCUGUCGCUGUGAGAUCAAAGGCACAGAGCCUAUAGUGGUGGACCCUUUUGACCCGAAGGACAACAGCGGGGGCCUGUAUGGCGGCUGCAGAGGCAUGUUUGGGGCGGAAGCGCCCUCCCCCAGCGAUGACGAUGACGACCGGCUGGACGAUCCCCACCUCAUGAUGAGCAAGCUCGCGUGUGCCAAGGUGGAGCGGCCCCCCUCGCCCAUGUCCAUGGCUCCCCAGGCAUCUCUCCCUCCUGUGCCACCACGCCUCGACCUGCUGCAGCACCGGCCCCCAAACCCCCCCGGAGCCUCCAGUCCAGGGGCCACAACCAAGGUCGCCGCGCACCACAAAGAUAAGCCCCUCCCCCUGCCCCCAGCCCUGCGGGACCUGCCCCCGCCCCCUCCCCCUGACCGCCCCCACACCGCCGGGCCUGAGGCGCGGCUGCAGAGACGGCCCCUCCCCAGCACCCCCGGGGACAAGCCCCCACCGGCCCCGCCCAAUCGGGGCCUGGCGGACUGGAACCCCCGCCCCGUGCCCAAAGCCCCCACGCAGCCCCCCUGCCUGUCCAACCGCCACUCCCUCCCCCUCGCCCUUCCCUCAGCGCUGGACGGACGGACGGACGCGCAGCGAAACAGCAGCCUCAGUCUGGACCAACCGUCGGUGAGCAAAGAUUAUCAGACGCUCUUUUACUUCAUCACCAUCAUCUCUAACACGGCGCUCCUCUCCGUGGGCAGGCCUCUCCCGGCUCUCAAACAGCUGGCAGGGGAGGACGCACACGAGAGUGAGGAGGAGUCCGAGUACAUGACCCCCUCCUCCCGCCCCGCCCUGCCCCCUAUGGGAGCCAGCGGAGGGGACGCCGUCCCCCGACCCCCCCAGGCCAGCGCCCUCAGCUCGCGGGCUGUACUCAGCGAUGUGGACGAUGGCCAGCAGAUGUAUGAGGCCAUGUACAACAUCCACUCCCAGGGCCUCACUGCCACACUGCCUCACCAAGCCCGAGAGUCCGAUUACUCAGAGCUACCCCCUAUGGCCAGCAGCAACGGGCCGCGGGAGCCCCGCAGCGAGGAGGAGGAGGAGAACGGCUACGACAUCCCCAAAGCGCUGGUGCCCGCGCUGACCUCACGGCGCACGCUCUCCGAAAUCUCUGCUGCGUCCGCAUCCUUCAGCAGGGUUUCCGUGGAAACCGAGCUCACUGCAGGAUCCUCCUUCGCUGAAUCCAGUGAAGCCCCUGAACGGCCACCCAAACCCCUGCCACGGCGAAUCAACUCGGACCGUCGGCCCAGCCCUGUGCCUCCCGCGGGGGGCGGGGCCGGGGGCGGGGCCAACCCUCAGAUCAGCACCGAGAUCGAGCACCUGAUGAGCCAAGGCUACUCCUACCAGGACAUCCAGAAGGCCCUGAUGAUCGCGCAGAACAACCUGGAGAUGGCCAAGAACAUCCUGCGCGAGUUCGUCUCCAUCCCGUCCACCGCCCACAUUCUCACAUAGCCACCCCUGCGCCGACCGGGCGCCACCUAGGGGGCGUCUCCUGGCUCUCUCACCAGCCAUUGGCCGGGUCACAACAGCCCUGCCCCCCGUCAGGAGGCCAAGCAGUAGACGACGAGCAGGAAGCUUGGCUGCUUGUGAGGCCUUCUCACGGCAUCGCAAACUACACCUCACAGAUGCGUGUGUACAUAUAAGCGCUCGUUACGGACAUAUAUAUUUACCUGAAUGCGUAUGUAUUCCCUCAGAGCCAACAGUGAGGAUGCCCUGGGCCCCAGUGCCCCCUGCAGGUGCUGCUGUGGAACAGAGAGGAUUGUGGGGAUUGUAGUGCAGGGCGGCCUGUGACGCGGGGGCUUCGGUACUUGUGUAGCAUUUGUGUAGCGUGGUGUAAGAGCUGUGAGCCUGGCCCAUAGCAGGGUGUGUGUGCAGUGCUGCAGUCAUCCUCCUCUCCUUCCCUUCAGCUUACAGGGAGCAGCUAGCGGCCUUCAGCCCACAGGCUACGUGUCUCCUCUUCACUCGGCAUCGUGGGACUGUCAGGGACUUAGUUGCCUGUUUUGAUUUACUCUGACCAUUCGGCACCGCCCUUUAACCAGCCAGUCGGUGUUUUGCCGUGUUUACACUACAGUGCAAUGCAUUCGGCCGGCCAAGCAGUGAGUCUCUCAACCCCUGGCCACCAGCAUCGCCCUCAUGAAGCUCUGUGACCCAACCCCCUGCUGACCUGAGAUCAGUCGGUCCGGUUUUCGCCCUUCGGCCAGGGGUGGGUUAAGGGUUCUGGAGGCUGAUCCUGGAUCUGUCGUCGAGCCUCCGGGGCACGGCUUUGGUGGGCCGCGCGCGUCUGUGGGAGGGGUUGGCCACGCCUGGUCCAGUCUGGCCCCGCCCCCUCCCCCCCUCCCUCUUGCUCUUUCCGCCUCCCACUGCGCUCUCCUCUCCGGUCUGUCGGACCUUGCCUGGAUCUGCGCAUUAACCCUUUCCCCUCCGUGUCUUUAUCCUUCCUGAACUAAUGAAUGUGGACUUAACAUGAUGAUUUACCACACUUUUUAACUCUGGUUGUUUUUUCUAAGCUGUAACUGUUAACAGACUGAGGGAACGUGGACGUGUGUAAAUGAGUGGGGGGGGGGGAGCUCAGUGUAAUGAAAACUUUGUUGGGGAUGACUUUAAUAAUAUGUUGUUAUUAUUGUUAUUAUUAUUAAUAAUAAAUCAGAAGUGCUUUACUGCUGCUACUAUUGUUAGUGCUAAACAAUUAAGCCUUAAAUGUACAUUUGUGAAUAUUGUGGUUUAAUGUUUUUAAAGUGACAGUAUCCGGUUUUUUUUUCCUUCUUUUGUAAUGUAGCAUACUUGAAAAUAUAAGUGGCUUGUGAGAGCUGAGCGAUGCCAGCCGACUCGUUCUCGCAUUUUGGCGACUGCAGAGCACCACAGGGUCAUAACCGUGUACGGCUGUCCAGUUUCUGAAGAAGCCAGAAGUUUGGUGCGCCCUGAACUUUCGGUCUCAUUGCCCGUCUUUUGAAGUGGAGUGGCAGGCUGCGGAGGUGGGUGGUGGUGCAGCAGACCGUACGGUUACAGGCGGUUGGAACGUGACCGUACGGUUAGACUGCUGGAACGUGACCGUACGGUUACAGACGGUUGGAACGUGACCGUACGGUUACAGACGGUUGGAACGUGACCGUACGAUUACAGACGGUUGGAACGUGACCGUACGGUUACAGGCGGUUGGAACGUGACCAUAUGGUUACAGACGGUUGGAACGUGACUGUACGGUUAGACGGGUGGAAUGUGACUGUACGGUUAGACUGCUGGAACGUGACCGUACGGUUACAGACGGUUGGAACGUGACCGUACGGUUACAGACGGUUGGAACGUGACCGUACGAUUACAGACGGUUGGAACGUGACCGUACGGUUACAGGCGGUUGGAACGUGACCGUACGGUUACAGACGGUUGGAAUGUGACUGUACGGUUAGACUGUUGGAACCUGACCGUACGGUUACAGACGGGUGGAACGUGACCGUACGGUUACAGGCGGGUGGAACGUGACUGUACGGUUAGACGGUUGGAACGUGACCGUAGGUUACAGGCGGUUGGAACGUGACCGUAUGGUUACAGACGGUUGGAACGUGACCGUAUGGUUACAGGCGGUUGGAACGUGACCGUACGGUUACAGACGGUUGGAAUGUGACUGUACGGUUAGACUGUUGGAACCUGACCGUACGGUUACAGGCGGUUGGAACGUGAUCGUACGGUUACAGGCGGUUGGAACGUGACCGUACGGUUACAGACGGUUGGAACGUGACCGUACGGUUACAGGCGGUUGGAACGUGAUCGUACGGUUACAGGCGGUCUAAACGUGCUCAUACGGUUGCAGGCGUGCUGGGCUCAUUGCUCUUCUUCGGUUGCUCGCGGGUAAUGAUUGUUGAAACGGCAAAUGAAGUGAAAGAGUAUUUCAUUAUAAACGUGUGAUGUUUUACUGCAUACUUUGAAGAAGGGCAGUAAAACUUGUGGAACUCCGCAGAUAUACCUCCCUCGACAUCGGCAGCAAAGACUGUCCGAGUCUUUUUUCCUAUUGUGGUACAGAAAAAUCAAGAGUCACAUUGUGUGUUCUGUUCUGACUUAACACCUCAUCAUUAACAGUGCUUAUCAUUAAUGCUGCACAUCCUUAACACUGCUCGCUAUAAACGCUUCUGAUCUGUAAUACUGCAUGUCACGAACAGUGCUUAUCUUUAACAGUGCUCAUCAGUAAAACUGCACAUCAUUAAUAGUGCAUGCCAUGAACACUACUCAUCUUUAACACUGCAUGUCAUUAACACUGCACAUCCGUAACAGAAAAGCUUCUAAUCUGUAGCGCUGCGUGUCAUAAACACUGCACAUCCUUAACACAAACGCUUCUGAUCUGUAAGCACUGCAUGUCAUUAACACUGCACAUCCUUAACAGAAACGCUUCUAAUCUGUAGCGCUGCGUGUCAUAAACACUGCACAUCCUUAACACAAACGCUUCUGAUCUGUAGCACUGCAUGUCAUUAACACUGCGCGUCACUAACACCGUUUAUCUUUAACACUGCUCAUCUACUGCUCACAGAACACAGAUCAUCUUAUGAUGAAAGUUUACACGGCUCAUUGGUCUAGAUUGCGCUCUCAAGAUUACAUUACAUCCACCGGGCGGCUAAUAAUAAUAAUAAUACUCAAACUUUAGUCUGCUCAUUGCUUAAUAGCUGAAUUGUGUAGUCAUAAAAACGACACUGAAUACUCCUGCCUGUGUUUGUGAGCAUAAAAACAUAUUUCAGAGGCAGGUGUUCUUUCUUAAAUUAUUCUGCUUUAAUUGCCCGAUGUGCCACAUACAGCAGUUCCCUACACAUUGUCCUGUGAUGUCUGACAGGGCAGCGCUGCCUUAAAGUCGCUUUGGUUUCAUCGUGAAGAGAAAUGGUUCGUGUGAAAGAUUUAAGGUGAUGCGCAGAAAUGUCGGUUUAUUUUUAAAAAGAGAUUAAAACGGGCCACGUUCUGCUCCAUUAGUCUUGCGUGUGUCUUCAUCGCCUCCUUUUAAUGAGCAGUUUCUCGUCGCUUUUCGUUUCUGUUUAUCGAACUAGGCUUAAUUUCAGAUCGGACAUUUUGACUGCACCCCAUGAAGUAUGACUGGUCUCUGACUACUGUUCUCGACUGUAAAAAUGCUUGUCAGUAUAAGAUUUCCAGUAAAUGUGUAUGUAUGUACAGUAUAUAUACUUUAUGCUCAGCGUACCAAUGUGCUAAGAUACUGUCACUUUAAAACUCGGUGUGUAAAAUGUUACUGACCUGUAUAGUACAUGGGAAUGCCAGUGUUUAUGUUGCAUUCCUUCAUAUGUCAGUUUAAUUUAAAAUUUUUUUUUUUUUGCAAAGUUUUGUUUACUUGUGUGAAAAAUGCUGUGAAAAGGCUUUUCCCAUUGGAUAUAAACAGUCUCCUCGUAUUCCACCCCUCAGAAAUCUAACUUUCCCGAUCUCUCUCUGUCCCAGCCUACCUGUGCAGUCUGUGGAGAUGUCUUCAUGCUGUAUUUGCAGAAAGUGAUUUCCUAUUUCACCACCAGAGGGAGUACUUUCCCCAUGUUGCCAUGUUACAGGUUUGAUUUUGUGUUCUUGCGGUCACAUUGUGAAUAGAUCAGUGUUCAUGUUUAAAGCAGAAAGCAGUGGCAACAAGGCCAACUGGCAGACAUGAUGCAGGCUGGUUCGGUAAACUCCCGUUUGUCCCCACUGCAUCAAAAACUCAUUUCCUCCUUCGUUGAACAGCCAAAUACGUUAGGAAACAAGUGGAACUGAAAAAAGAGCUCCUAAGAGGAGACUUUACCAUGUUUGAUUUGUAUGAAUAAAUUAUUAAGAAUAAACUCUUUAUUGCUGCAUGAAUGUAGAUUUAGUGACAGAACUACAUUAAAUUGGUGCAGAACCCUGUAACAGUGGCUACCGCAGAAUGGCCGUUAAGUUUUUACCAGUGCUUCCAGUAGUAUCUGUGACACGUUAGGGAAGCAGCUGUGGUACAGUAGGCCUGAACUGUUCUAAUAUGUCUUCAGUUACCGAUAGCGACAGGUUGGUAUCAUGGGGAGUUCUUCCUCUCGGUCUUCACGAUUUCCUUUGGUUCUUCUUUCUGAGGCAGGCUUUGUACAGUGUGUGUGCUCUCAAAUAGCAGUGACGCAACCAGCCGCGCAGAUUUAGGCUGUGCGACACACUGCGCGCGAGUUUGCGUGUGUGCGCGUGCGCAUGUCUGUGUAUGUUCAAACUAUUUAUUUUUAAAAAGCUAUAGCCGGCCAACUUUGGAUCCAUUUUUGACAGGACAGGAUGUGAGCAUUUUAAUGUAGAAGCAUUUGAUUUGCAAUUAUGGUAAUUGCUAUCGUUCUUUAGAUAAACAAAAUAUCAAUUAUAUAUCAGUGUUAACUAUCUACGGAGGUUUAUCCAAUGGCAUAAUAGGUCCGGUAAUAUAAAACUAAAUGUGUGAAAUGUAUAAAAAUCAGGAUUUUAUCCUCUGCGGUCUGUAAAAAAGAAGAAAAAAAGAAACAGAAAGCAAACCGAUACGAAGUUUCCACCAGGAGACCACGUCUUCAUUAAGAGCAGCACAAUUUAUUUUUUACAUAUUUUUUCAUUAAUGUGUAGAAAUAAAUACUAAUGUUAUUUAUUAAUUUCCGAUGCUGUACUUCAGUCCCAGAUCUGCAUAAAGAUAAAUUAAUUUUCCUUCUGGAAUUUAUGCAUCCACCAUUAAAGCAAUUUUAAAUAAA